CGUGCCGGGGGGACUUUGCUGCACUGCUCUCUGCGUGGCCCAGUCCUCAGCAUCAAUCGCUUCCAAGGUAGGACGGUCUGCAGGCUCUGCAUCCCGGCUGCUGCUUCCUCACGCCCGCCCGGCCAGAUUUCCCAGAGGCUUGGUGCGAAAGGCUUGACAAAGGAUCAGGGCAGGACUGGGGAGGCGACUUGUGGUUUUGCAAAGCCUCUGCUGGUCGAGCUGUGUUUGGAGUCACGUUUUUGGCACCUUGUCGUGCCAAGCAGGAAGAUGCAGGCAGCUCCAGGGGCCAGAUCUCCCAUGGUGUAAAUGGAGGUUGAGGGGAAGUGCUGAGAAGUUCUAGUUGGCUUACAAUGUGCAGGGGGGAGAGUAGCAGGUACCAUCAGCACCAGGUUCAGUAGCAGAGGCUGAUCCUGGACGGACAGCAGAUCAGGUGUAAUCAAUGUGCUGCCCAGUGGAAGGAACCGAGAGACCCAAGCUAGACGCAAAGCAGAUUAAUCUCUGCAUGCCCCCAGCGUCUGGCCGGGCAUCUCUCCUCUCCGCAAGGUGCCCCCCCAGCCUAACUCAGGUGCAGCAGGAGAAAUCCUCAGCUGCCACAAUGCCAUUUAAGAGACUAACCAAGAAAGUGCUUCUUCAAGUCUGUUUGGCAGUAGCUCAUUGCGGCAUGUGCCACUGCUAAAGCGACUUGUCCCCCAUUCGGAUGUGCAAGUAGAAGGCACCUGUCUAGUGCAUAUAGGAGACAGGCGUAGGGGUGUCCCAAGUGGCCCUGCCCUGCUUUUGGAUGGACUGAGGUGUCUGUAUAAGACACGCCUGCCCUGCUGACUAUGCCCAGAGAUGUCCUCCCCUGCUCUGACUUCAACUGGAAGUGAAUGCGGAUGACAGCAGUGCAGGGACCCAAGCAGACGGGAUUCACUGAACACACCAAGAGCUCAGAGAUGGGCUGAGCAGCACCUCGGCCUCUCCCUUCCCUGCCGGUGCCCCCGGUCUCACUACUGCCCUGUUGCUUUGUCACGGCAGAGAUGGAGAAUUUCGAGUACAGCAUCCAGCUGAAUGACAGGGACUGGGCAGAAUUCUACUUGGCCUCCGAAGAAUGCAGCUUAAUCCAGGCUGCCCUGGCCACGGCGGACGAUCCAGGGCUCAGUGACAUUGAGCAAGGGGACACUGUGCCCAGCGCAGACUGCGGAGCUGGCACAAGCAAGCAGGUCACUAUAAGGGUGUGCUGUACGCCUCUGCCGGGCAGAGGAAGCCACCCCCCAUGCGGGGACACCAGAGAGGCCCUCCCCUCCCAGCCUGUCCAUGGGCAUUUGGCCCCAGAGGAGGUUUUGUCAGGCAGUGAGGACGAGACGGAUCUGGGCUCGGUCAGCAGGUUUCUGUGGGAAAGCAACCAGCCCGGGUGCCCCCAGCACGCUGUGUCCAUGCCGAGGGCCCAGGAAAGCCAGCUCCUCUCUCCUACCGGAGCUGAAGCUCCUGGCGCAGAUAACCAUGUUGCCUUACAGCUGCUCCAGCCCCAAGGCAUCCCUCAUGAGGCUUCGAGCCAGGCGGCAGAAGGCGAAGGGGCAGCAGCUCUGCCAGCAGCAGGGGAAGAAGCUGCAAGGAGGGGUCAGGCUGCAGAGGCACCGAGGGACCUGCCUCGGGGGGCCACCCACGUCCCAGAGGGAGAACAGCCCCACAUCCAUGCUGGGGUGGCAAAGCCCCAGCAGCCUGUUCACAUGGCAGACCUGAGCCCCCUGGCAUGGGUCACGGACACACCAGGCGGAGAAACCACUAGCAGGCCCCUCUGCUCAGAGUCCACACGAUGGGACCCGCACAGCGACAUGCCCCAGAGCCCAGCCGCAGACACCCCAGUGCCAACGUGCUCCAGAGCAUCCGAGGAGUGUCUGGAUCAUGGGGGAGCCUGGCCUGAUGCACCGUCCUCCAGCAACUCCCAGGAGGUCGUACAUCUCCGAGGGCCAGCGAGGCAGGGAAAGAGCCAUGAGCACCUUGCAGCAUCUGUAGCCGAGGCGACACCAUUGCUCCAGGAGCCUUCUGGCACCGAGGCACAGGGCAGCCUGGGUCCCACCAAGGAUGGUUUAACCCCCUCGGUCCCACUUCCAGAGACAAAGGGGGAGGAGGUGGUGAACACACCAGGUCCUGGGAGCCAGGAGGAAGCAGGGACAGGCAGGAUCCUGCUCCAUGGUGUCGCGAGGGUAGAAAUGCAGGGUUUGGGGCAGGGGGUGCAGCGGGCAGCACAGUCUGCAGUGCAGCCUGCAGCAGGACUGAAGUCAGUGAGGCCCAGGAGGCCAGCACAAGCUGCAGGGCUGGAAGUUGGUGAAAGUGAGCCCUCGGGUGCCGUCAUGGAGAGAGAGGAGCAUGUGCCUUGUCCAGCAACCGAGGACUCUGGGGAGAGCAAUGCGCCUGCCCUGACCUGGCCGGAGAUUUAUGACUACUUCUUCUGCGACGUGGAGGGCCAGGAGAGGGGGGAUUACCACUGGGGCGAGGAAGGGGAGGGGAUGCCCACGGCCUCCUCGGAGCAGGAGCUGCCAGUGCCCGAGAUGUACGGGCCAGAGAUGUAUGAGUACUUCUUCGCCGACCCCGACAGAAGCGGGAGCAGCGGGUGGGAAAGCAAAGAUGAAGCCUCGGAGUCAGCGCGGUGCAUCAACUGGGACCAAGCAUCACCCCAUGAUGAUGAGGGGGACCCAGGGGAAGCCUCAGGGGAGGCCCCAGUCUUCUCCGUCCCUGAGGCUUAUGAACAUUUCUUUGCCAAUGAAGCUGGGGAAACGAAGAGCUGGAAGGGGAUGUCCCUGCGUGCGUCAGACUCCAAGGUGAGAAAAGCCAUCGGGGCUUUGAAAUCCUUCCUGGGGAAGCCGGUGCACCUGGUCAGAGGCUGGCCCCCUGACCCCAGGGCUCCAGCAGAGAGAAGCUCCCAGGAAAAUUUGCCCCUGCUCCCACUGCAGCUGCUGAGGAGAGGCCAGGUUAUGCCAGAGGAGCUGGAGAAGGCCCUUGAUCUUGCAGUACAACCACCAGUAUUUCAUAUCGGCUUCAUGACUGUGUGUGUUGUUGUCUCUGCAGCAAGGCCCCAUCCUCAGUUAGCACUAACGCAGAAGGACAUGUGCCUGCUCUUCGUUGCCUUUGCAUCCUGGGCCAUGAAGACCUCCAACCUGCAGGCUCCAGAUGCCUGGAAGACUGCGUUCCUGGCCAGCUUCGGUACCCUCUCCGCCAUCCGCUAUUUCAGACGGCAGGCUGUGGAAAAGGAGCCAAGAACCUAAAUGCAUGCACAGCCAGAGAUACCCCUCCAUGGGCAGGUAAGGAAGAUCCCAAGAGAAGUUUCUCCCUGUACCCCGUUCUUAGCAAGAAGACUGCUAGCAGCCUGGAUCCCAGUACCACAUCUGCACUGGACGCACUGGCAAGCUGGAGUAGACUGUUCUGGGAAGCAGGAUCCUUCCAGUGAAACCUGCCAUUUCAUCUGCUGAUGUUACAGGCAUUAUGUAGCUGCACUGAGAAGAAUCAGGCUCAGCGAAUGCUUUCUUUCCAAGGACAUCUCUUGCAUAGCCAUGCUAUCUUCUGUGAUUCUUUAAGUAGCUGCACACACACACCAGCCAUGCUCAAAGAGGAUCUGUGUCCUCCCUGGCUAGAAAGUGGGAGUUGGCAGCACUGAAGAUAGCAAAAGAAAUAGGGGUUUCUGUUGUCGGGAAAAUCUGUGUGAGACAGGGGAGAGGUGCUGGGAAGGACAGAGGGUCCAUCUAAACAGGUCCUUGGUAGCAGAUUUCACAUUGGUUAUUAAACCCUGGCCAGGCUCAGGCUGAGAAAUCAGGACUGCAUCCAAGUGAGCCUAGCAGGGCAGCUGCUCAGCAGAGCUGAGCCUUCUCGGGAAUGGCCGGGAUCAUGGCAGGGAGCUUAGCCUCUUGGAUUUCACUGCUAAAAGUCACUGUGUUUAUUCCAAGGGUGCCUUUCAGGGAAGCAGAGAAGGGUCUCUAGAGCCUCAUGCUUACUGACUUCACUGCCUCAGGUCUCCCAGUCCCCGACGCAUCGGGGCUGUGAAGUGCCAUGGGUGCAGAAGGACUUGGCACCAUUCAGACAGCUAAAGUGCAGGGCCAUAGGUGGCCUGAAGGGGAAGGUAGUAUUUAGCUCUUUUAUGCUGCAUGGAUUGGGGCUGCAGAAACAGCACAUCAAGGGGCUGGAGCAAGGAGUGGUCUCCAAUUAGGAGAGGUUUGAGGCUGUGCUGGAGGAACACCAAAGACCCGGAAGGAAGGGAAGAUACUGAACAGCUGUGGGCAUAAAUGAAUCAGAACUUAUGGUAGAGGUGAUAUCUUUUAUUAGACCAACUAGAUUUUUGCAAAAAAAUUUGCUUUAAUUUAAUUCUGUAGGCAUAAAUAGCAUUCUCAGGUAGGUAACACAGCCCUCAGGGGUGACCAGGGCAAAGACAAAGGGUUGGAGAGCCCUUCUGCUGUGUCCACCGCAGCAGAACGUACUGCAAAAAGUGAGCAGGAUGGAGAUUGAGAAAGGAGAUGUCCAUUGUCCAAGUACGUGGGAGAGGGGCUGUCUAGAAGGCAAUGAGACCUGGUAGGAAUAAGGAACAGGAAGGAAAUAUCACCCACUUCUUUACCCUCCAUUUCCCCAGCUGCUCCCUUGUUCACUGACUGAGAGGCUCAGGCCCUUUUUUCCCUGUUGGGGUGGAAAGGGUCUUCAAAACAUAGGCUGGGGGCAGCACAAGGGACAACCAAAGGUUCAGAGGAGGAUGGAAGUAGUCAAGACAAGGCAAAGAAGAGGGAAGGAUCUGAGUGCCUUGGGUUAGUCACAUUAAUCCACCCAGUCCCACUGGGAGGUCACUGGUUGUGGCUGCCCCCUCCUAAUGGACCAUCAAGCACUCAGGAACAGAGGCUCUCUGCCCAAGGAGAGGAGGCGUAUGUGAGCCCGCUUCUCCUUACCACGUCUGAGUAAAGGCACUGUUGCAAAUCCCGUGCUUCUAAGCUGAUGCCAAGCUUCAGACUUUGUUCCUGCUUUGAACUUUGAAUAGGGGGGUCACGAGGCAUUUCUUUUCUUUCCCCACCAUAGUCGAGGGACUGAGCUCAAGACUUCCAGAGCUAAGAGAUCCAGCCUCCACAGCCUCCCUUGGUCCAUCAGGUGCAGCAGCUGUUCAAAGCCAGGCUGAAUAGUUCAUUAAUUAUAUCAUAAAGCCUAGUCCUGUCCUCAGGGGAGACGCGGGCAGACAGGCAAAAGGAACUGUCCUGGAUUUUUUUCAGGUGCUUCCUAAAUUAGGCCAGUUUGUUGCUGCUCUGCCCAACCAUCAUCCCUUAUCUAUUCCUGUUGUAGAUUAAACGUUAAAUGAGCAGUGCAGUGUGAGCUCCCUCUGCAGCCGUGCUAACUGCUCAGUCCCAAAAUUGAUCAUAACCUAGGUCAGGGGUUGCCAAUCUGCAUCACGAGCAGACUCCACGUGUGGCACACAGCAGAGCAGGGAGGGGACAGGCAACACAGCAGCAGAUAGGGAGGGAGGCAGAAAGCAGAGCAGGAGAUCAGGCAUGGGGCUCCGUGUAGGAAGCAGAUAGAACAUUGGGCAGGGAGCACAGAGCAGGAGUUAAAAAGCAGAGCAACAUGUCAGGCAGGGGAAGGGAAUUGAAGUGGCACUUGGGGAAGGUAUGGAGCUAAUAUGUGACAUGUCUACCACUCUGGGUCACCAUCCCUGACCUACGUGACUUAAUUCAUUUUCCACACCUCUAAUUUAUGUUUCCUGCUAUAAAAGCACAUGCCAGUUGGUCACUCUUCUAGAUCAUCUCUCACAAUCCAAGCCCAGACUCCCAAAAAUAGCAGGUGGUGUCAGACUCAAGGACAUUCGGUGUGAUCUUAAACUCACUAGGAAGCAGGCUGGGUGCAGCCAUCACACUCAGGCCCUUCAAAUGUGCAGUGUCCAACCUGCCCCCAUCUCACCUCUGGGGAAUAUAACUGAUGUAUUAAUGCUGAUGAGCCAUUUCUUUGGAGACGGUUCCUUUACCUGUCUUAUCCUGUCUGGAUAUUUCUUCGUAAUAUGUGGCAAAAUGGAGGUUUAAUGUGGGGUGAGUGUGUGUGUCUGUGUGUGUUUCUGUACUGGAUAUCCUAAAAGCAAUAGGAUAUUUAGGUACAAGAAGCCUACCAGUAAAUAAAGAGAACACCAUGGGUACGUGCUGUAUAUAGAGUAUGUUAAUUGUAUAUAUCAAAUAAAUAAAAGGAGUUUAAUGGCCAA